AUGCUUCCAAUCACAAACCCGCACGGAGGUGAUGUUCGAUCGUCGUCUUCCCCGCUGGACCAGUGGACGAAGCGGUUCCAGGAAGCCGAGCGGCUGGUGGACGACGUCGUGGAGCGGAUCGCCGAGAGGGAGUCCGUGCCGCCGUCGCUGCGGCGGGAGCUGCAGCGCCGGACCGCCGAGAUCCGCCGCAAGGUCGCCAUCCUCGGGACCAGGCUCGACAUGCUGCGGGAGGACUUGUCCGAUCUGCCAAAGAAGCAAAACAUAAGCUUGAAACAAUUGGGCAAGCUAGCCGAGAAGCUCUCCGGUCUGAGCUCCAAGGCGAAGGAAGUUGGCGGGCAGUUCACCGUGAAGUACUCGUCCGACAGGAACGACUUGUGUGGAUCGAGCGAGAAGAGCGCAAAGAUAGAUGUGAACAGCAUUGCCGAUAUGGACAACCGUGAGAUGGUCAACUUGCAGAGAAAGGCCAUCAAAGAGCAGGAUUCUCAACUGGAGAUUCUGGAGGAGACCGUUGUCAGCACGAAGCACAUUGCGCUGGCGAUUAACGAGGAGCUGGACCUGCAAACUAGGCUGAUUGACGACUUGGACGAGAGUGUUGAAGACACAAGCACUCAACUAGAGCGUGCGAUGAAGAGGCUGAAAAAACUGAACAUGCGCAUGAGGAAAGGCGGUUCUUGCUGGGGCAUAGUCUUGUCGGUCAUCGCCGCUUCCGAGCGGUACAAUAUUGUAGUCUGA